UCAGGCGAUGUUAGUGGCCAAUGGUCAGGAAUUGACGGUAGGGUUGUACGUGAAGUGUUUUGAUGCAUGUAAAUGCAGUAUAUAAGUUAUCAACUGAUCACGUCGGUAUAUGAAACCAUGGCAGACCAGUCACGGAAUUCCUGGAUAAAGAAAGAUGACCCCAAGCUUGUGUCGGCCAAACACAAGGACAUGUUCACAGACUCACUGGAAGACAGGCGACACACCAGUGAUGUCAAGUUUGUGUUACGUUCAAGAGACACUCCACAGUUUAAACUGAACAAACCACGAUCCCAUGAAGAGAUUAAAGAACAUGUGCUGAAGAGUGACAGAGUGAAAUAUGCGAUUGAUCAGGUGUGUCAGGAGACCCAGCUGCCGGUGUCGGAGGUGACGGAGCAAGCUGAGGCGGUGCUGGAGGAGAUGGCACACACUCUCAGGAUGGGGGCUAUCCGGGGCUUCGCAUUCUUCCUGGUUAAGACGCUCAAGCAGCUGUAUCGACGGAUCUACAUCAACGAGGAAGGGGUUCAGAGGGUGCGGAGCGUGAUGAAGGAGUACCCGGUGUUACUGAUGCCAAACCACCGCAGCUACAUGGACUUCCUCCUCAUGUCCUACGUCUUCUUCAGCUACGACCUCCCCCUUCCUGUCAUCGCCUCCGCCAUGGAUUUCAUGGGCAUGAAGUUUGUGGGGCUGUUGUUGCGUAACUCUGGGGCCUUCUACAUCCGUCGCAGCUUCGGUGACGACCAGUUGUACUGGGCGAUAUUCACGGAGUAUGUACAGACUCAGAUCUGUAACGGCGACCACCCCAUCGAGUUCUAUGUCGAGGGGACAAGGAGCAGGACCUCCAAGUCGUACCCUCCAAAAUUUGGUAUGUUAUCGGCGGCGCUGGAGCCGUACUUCAAGUCACACAUCCCCGACAUCAUGGUGAUCCCCGUCAGUGUCAGCUACGACCGCAUCUUGGAGGAGUCACUCUAUGCAUAUGAGCUGCUUGGAGUCCCCAAACCGAAGGAGUCUACCUCUGGUCUUUUGAAAGCUAGAAGCAUUUUAGCUGAAGAUUUUGGCAAUGUACAUAUUUUCUUUGGUGAGCCGGUCUCGAUACGAAAAUUUGCUGAUGGGAAGUUGGAUAGAAGUUCCCACAAUCUGGCUCCGAGGUACAUUGCAAGUCUGACAACCGAGGAGCAACGACUCCUGCAGCGUUUCGGGCACAGCAUUGUGUUGCAGCAUCAGAAAAACAUGGUUAUCUCCCCCUGGUCCCUGAUCGCUGCAGUCUUGAUGCAAAGUCCCAAUGGUGUGUCGGUCAGACAGCUGGUGAGAGAAGUGGACUGGCUGAAGAGACAGGCAUCCAGCCUGGGAGCAUAUAUCGACUGGCCAUCCAAUGAGAAUGCAGAAACUAUCAUCCGUGCCAACCUUGUCCUGCACAAGAACAUUGUGUGUGUGAGCUCGGAGGAUGUGGUGGAGCUGAUGGCUGUCUCCUUCCCGCCCACCGUCAAGCGCCAGGACGAGCUGAUGAUGACUGCUGCGCAGCACCUGAUGCUGUCUCUGUACCGGAACCAGCUGAUGCAUGUGUUUGUCCGGGUGGCCCUGAUAGCUGUGUGCAUCAACUCCUGUGAGGAACCGACUCUCUCGGUUGAGAAGAUGUUUGAGGGGUACACCUUCCUGGAGAGACUGCUGAGCAAAGAUUUCAUCUUCCUGCCAGGGGACACCAAACAGGACUUUGACCACGCACUGGCCACACUGAUCCACACUAGUGGCGUCAUUGUGGAGGGUGGUGAGGUCCAGGUGAAGAGAUCCACCAACAAGUGCACCACCUUCUACAGUCAGAUGUUCGAACCCUUCAUCCUCGGCUACUGGAUCAUGUGCCGGUACCUGUUAUCCAUGACCCCUGGGGUCAAUGGAAAACCGUUGGCCCGACCCCCAAAGGUCAUGACCCGAGAAUCCCAGCUGUUGAGUGCACGUCUCCUCCGUGACGGGACGACCAAAUAUCACGAAGUGCUCUCCCUUGACAUGAUGACCAACGCACUUCACUCGCUGUUCAUCAUGGGAGCAGUCCGCAGAGAGAAAAGGGAUGGUGUGACGUACAGUUUCCCCAACAUGGUUCCAUUGUCCAAAAUCACAGAUGAAAUUGCCAAAUUUGUUGAUGUUCCACCACUGCCCUCUGUCAGCAUCAACGUAGAUGCCAAGACUGUCACUGUCAACGCCAAACUGUAGUCCAUGGUGACAAGUACUUGGAAGUAUUGACAGUAUUCUUGAAAGUAUUGAAUCCAUUCAUGGAAGGCAGUGCAUGGAAGCAUUGAGCGCAGUGCAUGGAAGCAUUGAGCGCAGUUCAGGGAAAUAUUGAGAGCAGUGCAGGAAGCAUUGAGAGCAGUGCAGGAAGCAUUGAAAGCAUCACAUGGAAGUAUUUUGGAACAUUUCAUCAACAGUGUCUUGGAAGUAUGGAAAUCUAUGUCCUGAAGCAUCUUGAAUCAGGAGCUCCAGUGGGUUCAUGGAGGGUAGAAUUGUGUCAAUUUGGAUUUUACCUGGCUCAAUAUCUGUGAUAUGUACAUUUCUAAGCAUAUUUAUCCUGGGGGAUAUUUCUCAUCUGUGGACAGUUGAGUGUUCUAUUCUAUUCAUUCAAGCAUUGCAGAUCAUGCAGUGGUGAAACUGACAUUCGGCACACAAACACAAAGUUGUAUUUAAAUAGAAGUCAUAUGAUGAGAGGCCAGUGUCCUCCAUUAUCAAGUGUAUUAUGCUUCCAAUCUUCCGUCAUUAAUACCUUGACCCAUUUACCACCAUAGCUUUGUGUCAGAGGUGCCAUCACAAUCGCAAACUCUGUCAUUACUAAGUCAUUAAUACCAGACUCUUGUUACCAGCUCAGAAUUUCUCUCGCUCAUGAACAUGAAACCAACAACCAAUCAGAAUAUCUCUUCUCUAUGGGAGUUGUGCAUAGAUUUGUGGCCUCUAUGUAUUUUAUCCAAUCAGGGGGCUGUUAUGAAUGGGGAUAUAAGAGGAGGGCAAAGUCUUAUGCUUUUAGGCGUUUCCAGUUUUUGAGAUGCUAUUUGAGACAUAAGGAACAAAUCGAAUCAAGAACUGGUAAUAACAAUCUUAAAAGAAUUUGAUUAGAGUGCUAUUUUUACUGGAGUGUCACUGGAACCAGGAUCCAAACAAAGCUAUGGUGGGCAUGGAUCCAGGCUCUUUGGAGUCCCACCAGUCCAGAACUGUCAUGGUUCCUGCCAAAUGUUCUCACAUGGCUUGAAGCCGGAGUGAGGCACGUCCACCGCAUUCAACUACUCUUUGUACAACACUCCAGUAUUUGCAGUACUCUCAACUGCUAAAACAGCAUUGAGAUCUUAAGUACGGAUAUGAAUACCACAAAGUAUUGAAAUCAUGAUUUUGAGGCUGAAGUAUUUUAUUUUUCUUGGUCCUUCUGUCGGUAUAUAUGACUGAUAACAUGUCAGUAUUGUGACUGAAUAAUAUUUGUAAGUUUUCUGAUUUUGUUUAUGACGAUGAUGAGCAUCAUAAAGAGGAGACUAAGGCAAUGAUGAUCCACCUUGCGUUGGUGAUCACCUCAACAUUAGUACCGUAUUGUGAAAUGUGGUCAUUCAUGGAUAUGUUUGAAGAUAAUUGUGUUACCCUGCCUGGUGCUCGGCAUUUUCAGGAUUAAGCAAGCACUUGGAGUCAAUAUAUUGUGAGUGGGGUAUCCAUGCUAAAAUAUGGCAUAUCCUGGCGAGACUAGAACAAUCAGCCACACACAUACAUGCAUAUCACUAUGUUAGUGCAAUAAUCGGUAACGCAGCAUUAAUCCCCAUUUCACCUCACCUCCAGCUAUAUGACGGCGGUCUGUAAAUAAUCGAGUCUGGACCAGACAAUCCAAUGAUUGACAUCAUGAGCAUCAAUCCACGCAAUUUGGGUCGAUGACAUGCAUCCGCCAAGUCAGCGACCACCCAAUCCCAUUAGUCGCCUCUUACGACAAGCAUGGGAUGCUGAUGACCUAUUCUUCCCCGCAUCUUCACGGGUUUCAUUCAUGAGUACAAGAUAUUGUACUCAAAAGAAGUUAAAGAAAACCACAAUUUUUUCAUAUUACUACAUUACUAUAAUGUCAUACUUCAUUUUGCAUCCAUUUUUGAAAAUGAUUUUAGUUUUGAAAUCCAUUUUUUUAAUACAUUUUUUGUUAUUGUAUUGUUAUCUAUCAUGUCUAUGUAACCACAUGAUGUUUUCUUCCAAUUCUGUUAUGUUCUUGUUUGAAUAUCAACAUCAGUUGUUUUUUAAAUGCCAUCAUCGCUUGUGAGUCUUUGCCAGUCAUCAUGAGAUAUUACGUGACCGACUGUGUCAGGGUAGAAGCAUACACUACAUGGAAGUAGUCAGACAAAAAUAAAUCAUGCUGAAAUAUUUGGUCCUGUGGUGACAUUUUAUUGUCAGAAAUUUCCACUACCCAAGCAUCCAACACUCAGUUAUAAUUUAAACUGAAACCGUAUGACGUGAUGAAAAUGAAUUCAUCAGAAUUGGAUAAGUAGAAUUCUGAUUUGCCACAUAACAAGAUUGUCAUGUUUGUGUGGUUUCCUUAACUGUUGGGGACGCAGGUGGCCCAGUCGUUGUAAGUGCAGUGCCUGUGCAGAGUGGCAUCCCUUGGGCGUGACAGAAGUCUAUGAAUGUGUGUUCUGUUACUAGGUUAGUCAGCACCAUACCCGUGCUCAUGGGUUUCACAAAAGUGGUCCACGUCUGAGACCUGCAUCACUUUAGGCUUUCCUCCCACAUCAAGAUGACAUGUUGUGAUAUAACUGAAAUACUGCU